UAGGGCCGUGAGUCUUACACACGAGGGAGAUUGGAUAUUACCAAACUCCACCACUAGCAUGUCUGGCAUUCACUCCAUCUCCCUGACUUCUGUCAAGUCCCUCCCCUACUACAGCCAAGAGGUUGUCAGCUGUCAGUAAGAGCAUGUGGUGGCUACAGUUUUCUGCUGCUGAAAAUAGAAUUAGAGCAGGCCAGAGGCGGAAAGGGAACACACUGCUGGGUUAAGACCUCACACAAACUCUCAGAAGACACAAAACCUUCACAAAAGGUUAAACAUCUCAUGGAUCUGACUGCUUAAAAACCUCAGAAUGGAUGAACAGGACAGACUGAGUCAGGCCUCCAGUGUGGUAACCAUCUCCUCAUUCCCUGUGAGGUCCCAGACAGGUGAAGAGAAGCUUCAGACGUUUGGGAAAAGAUGCUAUGCAGUAAAGCGAGAUCCUAACUGCGCGGUGGUAAUCAGAGGAUGGCUCUAUAAAAAGGAUAGCAGUGGUCUGAAGCUGUGGAAGCGAAGAUGGUUUGUGCUCUCAGAGUACUGUCUCUUCUACUAUAAAGACAGCAGAGAGGAGACCGUUUUGGGGAGCAUCCCUCUGCCAAGCUACAACGUUCUCUUCUGUACCCCAAGGGAAUGCAGGAACCGGAAAUACACAUUUAAAGUAGUACAUAAAGGCAUGCGCACCUAUUUCUUCAGUGCAGACACCCAGGAAGAUAUGCUGGGCUGGGUCAGAGCUAUCAGCCAAUCAGCAAGCAUGGAUACAGAGUCUACCAUUAAUAAGCGUUGCUCUAGUUACCAAGACUUCACACAGUUAGGCAGCAGUGAGUUUGAGCAUCUUCAUCACAGUGCAUCUAUGAGAGAUGUACAAACCAACAAACAGACUGAACCAACUCAGCCUUCAGAGGGUAGAGCAGACGCUCAGAUAGAGGAUGGAGGACAGAAGAAGACUGGGCAAAGGAGCGUGCCAUCAAGCAAACAACAGACUGACAUCAACAGACCCUUCCUCACUGUUCCUCAAUACUUCCCCUCUUACUCCCAAUCCCUGAGCUCCAGAGGUCAGUUAGACUCCCGGCCACACACUCCAGUGGGGAGAGUGGACAUUAGACCUCAUAAUGACCUGCCACCAAUGCCACCAUCCAGCAAACAAACAUUUGGUGUUGAGAGACAUACACACAAGGGGUCUGUGGGCAGCCAGCUGCCACCUCUGCCAUCUCCCAGGCCCUCCCCUAAUCCAGCCAAUCCACACUGUCAGUCCCUUCGCAACCAAUCAUAUAUAUGCCAGCAUCUACCCAAUCUGUGUGAAAGGUAUGAUGCAUGUCAAGGGAGUGAAAUUCAGUCCAGCAAAACCCUUGACAACCAUGUAGAUGCUGUUUUAACAAAGCUCUGUGGAUGUGAUAAGCAACUCCAGUCCCUUUGUAUGGAACUGUCCCAUUUGCAAGUGGAAAAGGACAAUCUUCAGGCUGCUCUUGAAGUGAGCCACUUACAGCGGGACGAAUGCAGGUACACAGAGGCACAAAUGACCCAGAAGGCCUCACUACAGGAGGAGCUGGUCAAUAUCAGAGCCAGAAUAUGUGAUGUGUCAACGGACAUGGAUUAUGUGUGGUGUCAGUAUGAGAGAAUGGAAUCGGAGCUGGCCGUGUUUCGCUCUCAGCUUCAGCAUGUAUGCCACUAUGGCAUGCAUCAGGUACAGAGACCUCAGGAGCAGCAUCAAGCACAAAAGCAACUUUGGAUGAUGGAGGACAUUCUGUGUGGUCUGAGAGACAGCAGAAAUCACUAUAGGCUUGUAUUAAGCCUGCAAGUUCAGCCAGGUGAAGAAAUACUUGAACACAAUUUGUUAAUGCAGGAAAGAGAGUUGGAGGCCCCAUUUGUUCCCCCUAUGACUCACAACCUUUGGACAACCAGCCCAACUCUGUGUAGGACUCCAAGAUGUGAUUCACAUAUCUAUAGUAAGCUAUCUUCUUGCUACAAAGAGCAGAUACAGGAUGACUGCAAUCAAGAUAAUACAAUUCAUACCUGGCCAUCAGCAAAUCCAGCUCUGAAUGUUACUAAAACAAACACAAAGGAUUACACAAAGGGAAGGAGAGAGCAAGAACUGAUUGAGGAAACGAAGAGCUGUGAGGACACAGCUGACACCCAGAGGGAAGCAUCCCUAUCCAAACCCUCUGCCACUGAUCAUGAGUGGAGUUCAAGUGUGCAUGAGGCCACAGCCAUGCCCCUCAGGGUGACCCGUGUCAUCACAGCCACCCUGCCCUCUGCACUCGUGGCACAUCGAGUCUCCGUGCAGGACCCACCACUGGAACUGGUUAAUCCACUACCGGAGCAAAUCCCCCAAAUGCUGCCUAAAAGGGCUCCAAGUAAACCCUCACGGAUGUCUUCUCAACACACUGCACCCAGGUUACCAGAAGAAGGCAAAGCUGAGAUGAAAGCUCAGAGAUCAGUGAGAAUGGCACAACAAAGGAGUCGAGAAGCCACUCAACAAAACAGGAGACAUUCAUCAACAUCCAAAGAACAGAGGCUUGCUCCGGAGGCGGAGAGGAAUGUGCAUCCAAACAAUGGCGCUGAAGAAAGAAGAGAGAAGCCCUCGGACCUCCACCUGCGCCCUGAGCAGAGAGAAGCCAAACUGAAGCGAGUGGAGCGUAUCAGACAGAGAGUCAUCAGAAGUGUAUCUAGAGAGAACCCUAUCUUGACUGGCCAUCUUCCUCCCAUUACCCCCAUACUCCAAACAACUGAAUUGUCAGUCUUCAACAUUUCAGAUUCUGAAGGACCGGUAUCUGACAACACCUCUUCAAGUGUUCAUGCUGGUGACACUGUACAAUCCCAAAAAGCCUUGGAUUCUUGCCACAGGCCUACAAAAAGCAUUAACCAUGAAACCUGCAACAAUUUAUCGGCUCACUUAUCAUCAGUCCCAGUUCGAAACACUGCACUAACUGAUGAGGUUGGUGCAACAGAGAGGCCUUCAGCAUCCACCAAUAACCGAUCUGAAUGGUUCCUGUCAACUUGUGAAUGGCAGGGAUUUAGAUCCUUGGCCAAUCAUGGAGUUGAAUCAUUUUCUUAUGAUGAUACAACUGAGUCUGAACUGGAGGAUUUGUCAGAGCACUCAUCAACAACCCAGCAAAACAAGUCAGCUGAUGAACAAUUAAACACAAACAAGACAUACACAUCAGGAGCAAGACCCAGGUGCAAGGAAACUAGAGUACAGUUACUCAAUGCAUUUAGAAGUCGGGAUAAACAAGAGGGGAUGGGUGAAAGGUUAUGUGGCCUAUCACUUCCAUCAAAGUCACUGGUCAUGACACCAGCAGCAAGUUGCACUUAUGAUGGCAGAAAAAAUGGUAGUCUGGCCAAAAAUGAGAAUAACAAACUUCCUAACCAUUCAAUGGCGACAUCUGUAUCAACAGACAAGAGUAUGAGUUGUUUACCUCACCAGUUAAGCCUUGAGUUGUCUAUUUAUGAGGAGAUAUCCAAUGUUGAUUAUUCUUCUCAAAGCAAAAAAUCUAAAAAUGAUGAUGAUGAUUCAUUAACAACUAAAGACUCAGGACAGGAGAAGCAAGAGCUAAGAAAUACAUGUGUAGAUGGAGGUACAGAGGAUGUUAUGGUUGGAAAAAACGGAUGUCCACAGAGUGAGACAGGCUCAAGUAUACCAGAAAAUAGCCAAAGCCAAAAAGGUAAUCAAUCAGUGUACAGUGCUAUUAUGAAUGGAGCCGAAAAUCGCAGUUCAUUUGUUUGGAGCAAGGUUACCGUGGACAGCACAAGUUUAUAACACCAUCAGUAACAUCCAGAAUGAUACAUUCAUUUUUCACACCAGGCGUUGUGAUUAAGGGUAUUAUAUUUUGAAACAUAUGAUAGCGUGUAAGGUGUUAUUGCAUAGAUGUUAUCACACUAUCCACUAUGAACAACCUACCAGCUUUUCUAUAGAGAUUUGGAAUUGUCGAUUUGUAUAUUUGUCAUAGUGUGUGCUUUUGCUGCGGACAUUGUAGAUCUGAGUACUUUAAAUUCUGGUGGGAUACAUUCAACAAACUAUCUCAAUACAUACUUCCUGAAGGUUUAUUUAUUUGUAUGUAAGAUUUGGUAGAUGUAGGUGGUUGAGGAACGAAACAGAAAGAAAACAAGGUAUGUAGGGAGAGAAAUCAAAUAGAGGGUAGAUAGCAAAGCCGAGUAGAAUGGAGAGAAGGUCAGGCAGGUGCUUACAUUUAUAUGUAUACAUUAACAAUUAUAUGUAUACAUUAACACAUUUAAUUAAACAGGCAGAAUAGAAAGAAAUAUGUGGUAAUGCUUCACAAUCACUGCAUCUGCAGGAGGCAUUCAUGGUGCAUUUCUGAGCAGUACAGAAACAUUGCAGCACGAUGACAUACCUUCAUUUGGAAGAUUACUAAUGUAUAAUGAUGUUGUAAUGUAUUACAUUCAAAUCCACCUUAAUGAUGUCUGUCUGCUUCCUGAGAUGGCCAUGAACAUUUAAAAUAGAAAUAGAAAUAAAGUACUUCACCUUAUUAUGUACAUCACCCUAUAUUACCUUGGGUGUUGGAUGAUGAUGAUACACUGUAUUAACAGUGAUGUACCAUAUUAACAAUAGCCUAUUUCAGGGCUCUUUUGAUCAGUGGUCAAUUGAAGUGGGGUCCACCUUGGAGAGUGUAGAAGCAAUAAAGAUCUGUUUAUAUUGCUCUUACUGGAAUACUUUUUUAUGAAUUUCAUGAAGUUCAUACAGUUGCUACUGUAUGCAUUUAUUUAGUAUUUGUUUGAGUGAAAACCUUGGUUCAUUAAAGGAUGAAUGUGAAUGUGAACUCAUUGUAAUUUGGUUCUUGUAAUGUCAGUCAUUAAAAAGACAAUACAUAUAAUAAAGGUGGAGUCCAUGAUUCUGCCAAAAUGUGGUUGAUAUUUGAGCUAAUCAAUUAACAGUCAAUCAAAUUACAAUUUGGACUAAGGGGAGAUUUGGUGCAUCAGAACUGAGACAAGUUUGGGGUGCUCCAGCACAUAUCUGGAGGGAGGCCUUCGCCCUGGAGAAGGAACGAGCUCCCUUUCCUACUGACCCUUCAUGCAAGUGACUAUUAAAGUUCAUUGGAAAGA